AUGGCGACGACAUCUAAAACCAUUGAACGAAUGAAAACCGUAGAUGAAUCUGAUGUGGGCAUCUCCUGUUUCAUCUCCCAGCUCCCGGGUUUCCGCGGCAUUCUCAAACAAAGAUAUUCAGACUUUAUUGUUAAUGAAGUGGAUAUGGAGGGGAAUGUUGUUCGUUUGACAUCCUUGGACGUGUCUCCAGAGAUGGAUGUGAAGGAGGAAGAUAAAACGAAAAGUUCAGAUAAUGGACCCCAAAGCUAUGCUUCUGCAGUUGAGUCAUUCAGAUCGCUUUCCAGUGUCACUGAUGCAGAGCGUUUGGAAACUUUGAUUAAUCAAGUCACCACAGGAACUGAUGAUGAAAUCUCACCAAUUGUGCUUGAUCCAAGUUCUGACAAGUCCAAGAGAACGGCUAUCCACAACUUUGUUAAAGAAAAUUUAAAGUUCCUAGUGACCGACACUGUCGAUGGUCCUGAUCCUACUUCAAAAUGCAUCCGUGUGCGAGUGAAUUCAGGAGACCUUAAGAGCAGAGGGAAAAGAUCGAAAAAGAGGAAGGAAAGAGGCGAUAAGCCUUUUGAUAGCAGAGGUUCAGAGCAUUGGCCAGAGCAUGUUGGCAAGUUUGUCAAGUUCCAUNUUUACAAGGAGAACAAAGAUACACAAGAGGCCUUGGGAUUGAUCGGAAAGAUGCUAGGCGUUCAGCCAAAGUCCUUCGGAUUUUCUGGAACAAAAGAUAAGCGGUCAGUUUCAACUCAGCGUGUAACUGUGUUCAAACAGCAAGCUAGCAAAUUGGCUGCGCUUAACAAGAGACUGUUUGGGAUCAAAGUUGGUGACUUCUGCCAUGUCAAAGAGGGCCUUCUUCUUGGGCAGCUCAUGGGAAACAGAUUUACCAUCACAUUAAGAGGAGUGGUUGCGGAUUCUGAAGAAACUAUCAAAAAGUCUGCAGAAUCCUUGGGCAAAGAUGGCUUCAUCAACUACUUUGGCUUGCAGCGUUUUGGAAGUGGUUCAGUACCAACCCACCAUGUUGGAGCUGCACUAUUGAAAGGAGAGUGGAAAGAUGCCGAGCGCAGCAAUGCCUUUGUUUUUCUUGACUUUGAGCUUUUUCUACAAAGGAGUGAUGUAAAUGAGGCCCGGGAAUAUUACAAAGAAUCUGGCGACAUUGAUGGGGCUCUAAGGCAACUACCGCGAUACCUCGUUGCUGAAAGAGCCAUUCUGCAGUGUCUGAAGAAAUGUCCUGGGAACUACCUGCAGGCUCUGAAAGGCAUACCCAGAACUUUGAGAAUGAUGUAUGUACAUAGUUAUCAAAGCUACUUAUGGAACAAUGCAGCAAGUCUGCGCGUCCAAAAAUACGGGACCAACCAAGUUGUGUUGGGUGACUUAGUAAGUACAAAGGUAGAUGAUGCAAAAAGAAUUGUCGGCAGUUUGACUUCUGAGCACAAGGAAAACAACGAAGAGGCAUUGGAUUGUGACCAAUUAGAUGAUACUGCUGUUGUUGAUCUUCCAGGAGAAAGGAGUGACCUUGUUAAGGUUGUAGGUAUAGAGGAUAUGGAAGCUGGAACUUACUCGACCAGUGACAUCGUCCUCCCUCUACCUGGUUCCAGAAUCAUUUACCCGUCCAAUGACAUUGCUGAAAUUUUCCAUGAUUUGGCAAAGAAGGACGGUAUCAGCCUAACGGAGAGUAUUCACGGAGUAAAGGAAUUCUCAAUAACUAGCAUGACUGGUGGUUAUAGACGUGUUUUUCAGAAACCGAUCGACUUUGAAUGGGAAUUACUGACUUACACUGACGGCAAUAAACCACUGGCAGAAACGGAUCUGGACAGAAUAACAAUGGAAAAGCCUGUGGAUAAGGUUGGAUCUGCUGAAGAAAUUGAAGAACAAUCGACGAAAUCUGAUACUAUCGCACCUGAAUCGUGUGAAACCGAGUUGAAAGACCAAACAGACAGCAAAAAGGAUGGAAAAGACACUGGAAAUCCAGAUUCUGAGCAAACACAGUUGGCGCUCAAAAUGGCUCUUACUCUUCCAUCUUCUUGUUAUGCAACAAUGGCAAUCAGAGAGCUGUUAAAGACAUCAACUUCUGUAAGUACUAAAACUGCUAUAUCUCAGAAGAUUACUGAUUCUCUUGAAUUUGGUGCUAAAGUUUACAAAUUAAAGUCAAAACAUAUCUCUCAACAUUUUACACACUGCUUUUUAGGUUGCAUAUCACAAGACACUAAACUAGCGCUUAAUAUCCGCCCUGCUCGUUCUGGCUAG